AUGCCCCUCUUUCUUCUGCCAAAUCAACCACGACCUGUCUAUGCUUUGGGCACUUCACCCUUCUCCUUCGGCACGUCAAUUUGCCGUCUUCCGCGGGCAAUCGUAGGCGUCCCGUCGGGUAAUUUAAUAAGCUCCUCUUUCCACCCUCUCCACAACGACCAGCACAACCAAAUACACCGCUAUUCACGAGACAGGAGUCUAUGCCUUCAUUGUCCCCACCCCAGCAAACCCACAUCUUUUCUGUCGACCGCUCUCCCGCUCACCCAUUUCUGCGGCUUUUUCAUAGGGUUGCGCUUCGCAUCACGUCACAUCCACUUCCUCAAUGUGAGCCCAGUUCUGGCGGUUGACUCUGGUAAUUAG